AUGGAAGACAGGGGGCCCCCAAAGGGGGGGAAAUAUCACCACCACGGUGGGUGGCAACAGACACUCCUACUGGGGGACGAACCCCCAAACGGCGAGGACAACCCAGUGGAAAUGCGAUACAAUAGAGAAAUGGCAAAGCGCAAUGAAAAGAAAAAGGACCAGUUUGAAAAAUCACGUUACCAUUACUAUAAUAGGCGAGCCGAUGAAAAUAGCUAUUUUGGUGAGUCACAGCAGGCUGCCAAGACAAGCGAUAAAAGGAAGCAUUCCCCGGAUAAAACAAGCGAUCAUAGUUAUCGCACUGGUAAACGGACAAGGGAAGGAACCAACCAGGAGGAGGAAGAAGGUGUAAGCAGGAGGAAUAACAAACAUGUGAAAAGUUUUAAAAGUGAAGGGGAACACAACCCACAUGAAAAGAGUAACCGUUAUGAAGGGGAAAACAGUCAUGAGAAGCAUCUCCAACAAUGUAAGGACAACGUGGGGGGGAAAGACGAAGGAGAAGACUGGGACGAAAGCGAAAGUGAGGAAUUGGGAAGUGAUAUAGAAGGGAGUUACGAAGAGCAAAGUGACGGAGAAGGAAGCGAUGGACCCCCCAGCGACGACGAGGCGAUUAAAGCGCAGGGGCUGCUGCACGGAUGCCGGAGCGUGAAAAACUACAGGAAAUUGAAUAAAAUAAGCGAAGGAACAUACGGAGCAGUGUUCCGGGCACAAAACAAAAAGACGAAGAAGAUAGUAGCGCUGAAACAGUUGAAGAACUUUUCGAGCAUGCGCCACGAAGGGUUUGCAAUCACAUCCCUUCGGGAAAUAAGCAUAUUGCUCCAAUUGUACCAUGAAAAUAUUUUAUCAGUAAAGGAAGUAGUGAUAGGCAAACACCUAAAUGACAUUUACCUAGUAAUGGAAUAUGUAGAGCAUGAGUUGAAAAUGCUCUUGGACAACAAAACCCCGAGCUUUACCAUCUCGGAACUGAAGUGCCUACUGAAGCAACUACUCAGCGGUGUUGAUUACCUGCACACCAACUGGGUCAUGCACAGAGAUUUAAAAACGACCAAUCUGUUGUAUAGCAAUAAAGGCGUCCUAAAAAUUUGCGACUUUGGAAUGGCGAGAAAAUUUGGCCAUAUAAAUAAUCACAAUAUUACAAAAAAUGUCGUAACGUUAUGGUAUAGAGCCCCAGAAUUGCUAUUAGGAGAAAGGUGCUAUACAAAUAAAAUCGACAUAUGGAGUGUUGGCUGCAUUUUCGCUGAAAUGAUUCUCAAGAAGCCAUUAUUUAUUGGGGAAAACGAAAUUGACCAGAUUUUAAAAAUAUUAAACUUGUUAGGUCUACCAGAUAGGGAAGACUACCCCGAAUUUUAUGAAUACUCUUUUAUUUCGAAAAAUAAAGAACUUUUUAAAAAAAAAAAAAUCAAAAUGAACGUCACCAAAAUACGCUCCCAUUUUCCUAAUGUUGCGAACCAGUUCUCAGGUCUAUACUUAUCAGACACUGGACUGGACUUACUACAACAGUUGCUGCAUUUUAAUCCCAAAAAUAGGAUCUCCGCGGCAGAUGCUUUAAAACAUCCCUACUUUAAGGAAUUUCCCAAACCCUUGGACAUUGGCGAUAUGCCCAUUAUUCCAGACACCAAUAAGGUUAUUCGGUCGAAAAAAAUGACUAGCCAGUAUAAGAUCGUUGACCAGAAUAAUAUACGCUUCCAUUCGUAA